GCGUCACGCGGCGGGGUGGGAGAGCUGGCAGGUGACACCCCGGCGGCCUCCUACCCUUUUUCAGCUCGGUUGGCGGCUGGGGCAGCAGGGGCCGCUGUGAGGAACUCCGCGCUCGCGCCGCCGCCCGCCGCUGCCCUCUGCUCCCGCGCGCGCCGGCCGCUUCGUCUCCGCUCCCCUCGGGAACCCAUUGUAAGAGCCAGUAAAUCCUGUGGAAAAUGGUUUUCAGUGAUCUUACAUCAAGAACCGUGCGUCUUUAUGAUAAUUGGAUCAAAGAUGCUGAUCCAAGAGUUGAAGACUGGUUCCUCAUGUCCUCACCUCUGCCACAAACGAUCAUCCUGGGACUCUAUGUCUAUUUUGUCACUUCUCUAGGACCAAAGCUCAUGGAGAAUCGAAAGCCUUUUGAACUCAAGAAAGUGAUGAUAACAUACAAUUUUUCCAUAGUUCUUUUUUCUGUGUAUAUGUGUUAUGAGUUUGUGAUGUCUGGCUGGGGUACAGGUUAUUCAUUUCGAUGCGAAAUUGUUGACUACUCACGGUCACCUUCAGCAUUGAGGAUGGCACGCACCUGCUGGCUUUAUUACUUCUCCAAAUUUAUUGAGCUAUUAGAUACUAUCUUUUUUGUUCUGCGUAAGAAAAAUAGCCAAGUGACUUUCCUGCAUGUCUUCCAUCAUACCAUCAUGCCAUGGACCUGGUGGUUUGGAGUCAAAUUUGCCGCAGGUGGUUUGGGAACAUUCCAUGCCCUUCUGAAUACAGCUGUACAUGUAGUCAUGUAUUCCUACUAUGGGCUAUCUGCAAUGGGACCAGCCUUCCAGAAGUAUGUGUGGUGGAAAAAAUAUUUGACAUUAUUACAGCUUGCCCAGUUCAUUAUUGUCAGCAUCCACAUAGGCCAGUUCUUUUUCAUGGAAGAUUGCAAGUACCAGUUUCCAGUCUUUCUGUACAUCAUUAUGAGUUAUGGGUGCAUCUUUCUGCUGCUCUUUCUCCAUUUUUGGUACCGUGCUUACACCAAAGGCCAGAGGCUGCCCAAAACUGUGAAAAAUGGAAUCUGCAAAAACAAAGAUCACUGAAAUGCAAGCAUGACAUGAAUCUAUGAAUGAGACUGGUAUCUUACUUUCUUUGACAAUCAAGAGCUAUUUCCAUGUGAAGUGCAUUUUGUAUAUUUUUCAAAACUAAGAGCUUGUAUUUUUAUGAUAAGUUAUUGGAGCUUCUGAUAUUUGAGAGCCCAAAGAUCCCAGAUAACAGAGUCUAAUUAGAGCCUAAAGCAGGAAGUUUUUCAGCUGCUUUUAAACCUACUAUAAAGGUUUUAUUUAAUACAUUUUGUUAUAGUGAAAGGAGAAUAUGAAACAGUAUAGUACUUUUCAAAGAAGUCCAGUAUAGAUGAAAAAAUAUCAUGAGAUAUUUUGACCGUGGACAGAGAUCCAUGCCCUACUAUAGAUUCCUUCUGCCAGCUCUGAAAACCUCGAACUGAGGGUUUUGGCUUUGUUGCUUGUUGAUUAUAUUCAGAAGACACUAUAUUUAUUCUAAAGUUAAAUGCCCAUUCUAAAGAGCUAACACUGGUGAACAUUAAGUGAAUUUUUGAUAAGUUGUCAUUUAACAUCACUAACAAAAAUUUUUAAUUGAUCUCUUGUGUAGCCACCACCAGCUUUACUGAUAAGACUUCCCUACAACAUUUUUGUUGUAUAUACUAUUUAAAAGUAACAAUUCUUUUGGUUAGUACAUUCAUGCACUUGACACUAAGUUUAAGUUAAUAUUUUGAAAACAAGAUGAUUUGUUCUGUGGCUUAACAAGCACUGUGCUAUUACUAUUUUGCAGUUAACUUUGUAUAUUUCUGGAAAGAGGUGAAAUUUGUCAAUGGAAAAAGUACUCUGUAUUUCAGUGGGAAAAAUCUCUUGUCUGUUGUAUUAUAAUGUCACUUUCUCAUAUUGUCGUGGCUUAAAGGAUUAUCUUGUUAAAUAUGUAUUGGUUAGAUAUAUAAAUGUUCAUGCAAGUACCCUUAAAUCAUAAGUGAUUUCAGACCUCCCAUUAUACACAGUUUCCAGAGAUGGCUUAGAGUCAUUUGUGAAGCAACUGGAGGAAAAUGGUGGCACAGAAAUUAUCCAGAGACUGUUGGGUUUUGUAGGGGUCUCUUAAUAAAGAGAGAAAGAGAGAGCCUAUUUAACAGUUGUUAUAGAUACACUGCAUGGAAAGACAUUUCCCAGAAUUAUGAAUGAAUUAAUUAAUUAAUAGCCUGGAUUUCUUUUUUUCAAAACUAUAAACUAUAUAAUGAAGACCUGAAAUUCAUUUUGCCUACUUUUGUUUUUUCACAAUUACUGCUUUCUAAAAUUCUCUUGUUCUCACAUUUUCUUGUUGGCAAACCAAAGCUACUGGUCAAUAGAGUUUUGUCCCAGAAACAAUGAUAUUUGGACAUUUCUGAAUUUUUCCCUAUUGCUUUUCUUUCUUGUUAUAUUUAUACUUGAUUUUGAAGGACUGCUUAUGCUUAUAUGACUUUAAACAAUCAGUACUUAUGGGUCUCAGUUAUGUAACACACAGUGAUAGCAUUGUCCAUCAGAGCCUGAGUUUUUCCUCACUGUAAACUCCUGUAGUUCGAUGUGUCACCCCAGACAUUUAAUCUAUACCAUGGCCUUUUCUCUCACACUUACCAGAUUUAUGUUACUUGCCUUUAAGUGACCUUUACUGAUUUCACUUGCUUACAAUAUGAGAAGACAAGAUUUGAUAAAUGGGGGAAAUACCUUAUUUUUCUCAAGUAAAAAAAAAAAAAAAGCAGAAAGCAGAGCUAAAAGAACAGCAGUUAUAAUUUAUUUCUCUGAGGGCCUCAGUGUUCCUAAACUGUUUUCCUGUUUUGGCUCUUCACAUCCAACCUGCACUAAAAUGAGACAGUGUAGUGUGUGCUGUUACACAGUGCACAAAAUUCCUGAAGACCCAAGAAGGGUAAAGACCAAAAAGAAGCACAAAGAGAAGAAGAUGAAACAGGAGAGUUUGGUUUUUGCAAUACUUUCUGUCUUGCAUUGUACAACCUCUCCUAACCUUACUGUAGUCUUUAAAAUGUCUGACUUGCCUAUGAACUCACAGCAGCGCGUGAUGGAACUAUGCUCUAAAUUAUGUGAAUAGAAGUGGAGAGCUGGAAUGUUACAUGAAAAGAAAUCACAGCUAACAAAAGUAUCCCCCGUGUAAACAUCAUUAGAUCAAAAUGCAUAUCACUGGAUGUAGGAUAUGCAUGGGACAGUAUUUUAUUUUUUUUUUAUUUUAUUUUAUUUAUUUUAUUUUUUUUAAAGAUUUUAUUU